GUAUAUCAUGUCCAUGUUACAAGUCUUUUAAAAGAAGCAGAUAUUCUAUGUCCAUGUUUUCAUCUAAGGGUUGAGUGAGGCUAACAUUCACUAAAAAUGACUAAUGAAGUAUAUAUGCUUGCAAUGAGUAAUGACUUGCAACCAACAUAUUGGAUUGUGGGAAUGCAUGUUUCUCAAACACAUAGAAUUAAUAAUGGUACGACAAAAGCUUCUAAUGUGGAGUGUGACAUCAUCAAAAGAAUUCUUUUAAAAUAUGAAGAACUGUCGGGUCAGAUGGUUAAUUUCAGCAAAUCCACUCUAGCUUUCAGUCAAAAUGUGGGGGAGUCCUUCAGGGAGCUUUGUAGCAACCAGUUGGGUAUACCCCGAGAAAGUGGACUUAGCCACUAUUUGGGAUUAUCGGCUUUAGUUGGGCGAAAUAAAUCUGUUAUUUUGGGGUAUCUGAAGGAACGUAUUUUUAACCGAAUUAAAAGUUGGACCAAUCUCUUUUUGUCACGAGCCGGUAGAGCAGUUUUGCUUCGUAAUGUUAUCCAGGCUAUGCCUGCUUAUGCCAUGAAUGUUUUCCUAUUGCCCAAGGAUCUGUGUGAUGAAAUUGAAAAAUUAAUGAAUGGUUUGUGGUGGAAAGACUCUAAAUUUGAUCAGAAAGGAUUAAGAUGGAGAAAGUGGGAAGCUUUGUGCAAGCCAAAGGAUGUAGGGGGACUCGGUUUCAGGAGGAUACGGGAGUUUAAUUUAGCUAUGCUUGCUAAACAGGGGUGGCGACUGGUGAAAGAUACUGAGAGCCUUAUGAGUUGUGUUCUUCAAGCUAGGUAUUACCCACACUCGACUUUUCUACAGGCUAAGUUGGGAAGUAACCCUUCUUUUAUCUGGCGGAGUAUUUUUGAGACCCAGGAAAUAAUAAAGAAUAAUACCAGAAGAAGAGUGGGAAUGGUAUUGAGGUCCAGGUUUGGGCAGAUGCAUGGCUCCCUGGAACAGAGACUGGGAGAAUUACUUCAGAAAAACCGGCUUAUGUCCGCGAUAUGAAUGUGGCGGCCCUUCGGGACGAGACCG